AUGUCCAGUGUUACUGUUUCUCACGUGGCAAACUCCGUGACCCCUGAAAAAGUUGAACAAUUUUUUGCUUUCUGCGGUCACAUUGAUUCUGUCAAGGCCCUUGGAGCCGAUGGCGAUGGCUUCAGCAAGUACCAGGUGUGCUUUUCUCUGGAGAAGGCUCUUUCCACAGCACUUUUGCUCAAUGACGCAGAGUUAGAUAAUGUGGAGAUUGUUGUUAAGGAGGAUACGUUACCUCCGUACAGUGAGACCAAGGAAGUUUCUGACACAGACAAGAAAAUUCAGCUGGAUGCUGUGGCUACAGGAGACGAAACAUAUGAUGAUAUCGCACAGGAAGAAAAGCCCAAGCUGGCCGUUCUUGCUCAGAUUUUAGCCUCCGGCUAUCAAGUUUCAGAUCAAGUGAUUGAUAAGGCGGUUGAAAUCGACAAGCGGAACGGUUUUUCAGCCAAAUUCACAAACUUCUUGAACAAUUUGGAUCUGAAGUUUUUCCAUUCUGAAGAUCCAAACUCCGAGGUCAACAAGGCCCAGAAGGAACUCAAUAACUUAUCAGCAUCAGUACAACAACUGAAGUACCUGCAGGCUUUACAGAACUACUUUGAAAAGGCAUCCUCUAGUCCAUAUGGUGUUAAGGUGCAUGAUUUCUACAAACAGGUUUCGAAAGAGGUCCGGGACGUCCACGAAGAAGCUAAGCGUUUGAACGCAUUAAAGGCACAAUCCCAACAAACACCAUCCACCUAA